GUUUUAGCCUUUUUAGUGCAGCUCUACAAUCAGGUCAGCUGGGUCGUCUGAUGUCAAAGUUCAGUCUCGGCGAGGAUGUGGUCAGUGCUACAACCCACGGAGGUAUGUGGUCCUUAUAUCAAAUCAGAGAAAUGUUUUGUUUACUCGCUGUAUGGUGCGGAAACCUGGACAAUAAAUAA